AUGCCCGCCAAGAAGGUCCUCCUCGUCUCCACGUCGGCCUCGUCCAUGGGCGGGAACCCCACGGGCCUCUGGCUCGCGGAGCUGGCCGAGCCCUACUACAUCCUCAAGGAGGCGGGCCUCGAGGUCACGCUCGCGUCCAUCGCCGGCGGCGCCGUGCCCAUCGACGCGGGCAGCUGCAAGGGCGAUUUCUUCACCGUCGAGGCGAAGCGCUUCAUGCACGACGCCGACGCCAUCGGCGCGCUCGGCCACACGGCGAAGCUCGUCGCGUCGAUGGCGGACGACUUCGACUGCCUCUACCUCGCCGGCGGCCACGGCUGCUGCGUCGACUUCGUCGGCGAGCCCGGCGCGGAGCUCAAGGCCUGCGUCGAGAAGAUGUACGCGGCGGGCAAGGUCGUCGCGGCGGACUGCCACGGGCCCAUGGGCCUCAUCGAGCCGACGAAGCCGGACGGCACGCCGCUCGUCGCCGGCCUCGAGGUCUGCGCGUUCACGAACACGGAGGAGGCCCAGGCCGGCGCGACGGACUGGGUCAAGGCCAACUCCGUCUUCAUGGAGGACGAGUUCAAGGCCAAGGGCGGCGCGUUCAAGGAGGCGGACCCCUGGACGUCCAACGUCUGCGUCGCGGGCAACCUCAUCACGGCCCAGAACCCCCAGAGCGCGACGGCCUGCGCCCAGGCCGUCGUCGCGGCCAUGAACUUCUAG